AUGGGACCAGCCGAUCCUUUUUCCCUGAAGAAAUUGAGUUUAUCUGAGUUGCCAAAUCUAAAGAACGUUUGGAAUGAAAAUCCUCACAGAAUUAUGAGCAUGCAUAAUCUAGAAGAAAUACAUGUUGAGAAAUGUGAACGCCUUACAUGUGUGAUUCCACCAAUAGAACCUAAAGAUCUUGUGGAACUUGAAGAUCUAGUAGAGGAAGAUGUACUGCUACCAUUUAGUUUGCUUCCUUUCUUAACUAAUUUGGUAACGUUUGAAGUUAAUAACUGUGAUUCCGUCAAAGCCAUUAUUGGUGUCAAAUGUACAACACAAGACACAAUAACUUUUGGUCUGAAGAACUUAACUUUAUACGAUCUACCAAAUCUGGAGAAUGUUUGGAAUGAAGAUCCUCGUGGAAUUUUAAAUAUGAAUCAUUUACAAGAAGUAAAUGUUAUGCAAUGUAGAGGCCUUACAAAUGUGUUUCCAGCAUCAAUAGCCCAAGAUCUUUUAGAGCUUAAAAAUCUAGAAGUGGAAGACUGUAAGGAACUGAUGACAAUUGUUGCUGAGGAUGAUACAGAUCCAAGCGGAGCAAAUGAAGAUCUCCCGUGUCCCUUGGUGAGAUCAUUGGAACUAAAGGGUCUGCCCAUGUUCAAGUACUUUUACUACAGCUCACGGCAGUGCGACAAUUUUGCACAUCUAGAAUCACAUACCGAGAAUCAAGUCAGUACUAAAAAGUCAUGGAAGUGUUUGUCAGUGGGGAAAAAUGGAGUAGAAAUGAUUUUGCGUGGAGAAAUUCAGAGAAACCUCUUGCACAACUUGGAUGUUCUUACUCUCUGCUUGGGUUCGGAUGUAUUUGGAUAUAAAAUUCUAGAAGAGGUUCCGAAUAUAGAGAAACUUGUGGUGUGUGAUGAUUCCUUCAAGGAGAUGUUCUGUUGUGAAAGUGGUAAUAAUGUGUUACAACAGCUGAAAGUGUUACAAUUGGAGUCCCUUGGAGAGCUGGUUUCCAUUGGGUUAGAGAACUCUUGGACUGAUUCCUUUGUCAGAAACUUAGAAACCUUUGAAGUCAUUAAAUGUGGGAGCUUAAAAAGCUUGCCAAGAGUUUGGGUCAACUGA